UCCGAUAAGCCAACACAAGGAACGCUUGCUUGUUUUUGGUAAAAACUACAGAUACAUACCCGAGUCACGUGCACUGACCGAAUUGCAAACCCCGUCACAACCAAUUAAAGCCGCUUAUUUUUUAAUUACCAAAAAUUGAUGCAAGUCACGUGCAGUGAUCUAAUUCCUGCACACAGACGGGGGUAGUUCCCAGUCUUAUCCCAUCUUAGGACUCCACGAUAGAGUGCAAAAGGUGAAAUGAUUGCAAUUUCCAAAGGAUAUAACUCUUUCUUUUAGCAGAAACUUCUUUUGAGAGUUGAUACGAUAACAGGAACAACAUGGGGAUAACUCAAGCGGAAGCUAUUUCCAGUGUUAUUAAGAAUUUUGGAGGUCCAAGAUUCGUAACUCAACCGGCCAAGUCAGUUGAGUCGUCGUUCAGUGGGUUGGAAGAUGCUACUGUUUUGCUUGAUAAUAAUGACCCCUUUGCUAUUAUUGGGGAUUAUAUCGAACAACAACAGGAACCAGAAGAAGGAAUACAACCUGAUUUCAUUAGUGUGACUACUAAUGGGGUUACUUUAUUCAAGAACUUACCAUUUUUAUCAUUGAGUAGCUUCAAGAAUAACGCUAUUGUUAUUCACGUUGAAUUAACCAAUUUUGACUAUUCAAUCAUUACUAGUUUAAGAGAUUUAGGAUACCCAAUUUUAAUUUCUCAAAAUGCCAGUGAAGCUUAUAAGUAUUCUAAAAUUGGAUAUAAUUUAGCUAAUAAUUUGCAAAAAAGUGUUUUCCACUUUUUCGCUCCUUCAAGUUAUAAAAAUAACGAAGGUUUUAAAUUGGUUAAUAAUAAAGAAUUAUUGAAUGGAGAAAUUGAAACUAUUUUAUCUUAUUACCAGGUGAAACCUUUUGAAAUUGUCAAUAAAGUGCAUAAUGCUAAAGAUGCGGUUUUAUAUUUGGGUCAAAUUAAUGAAGAAAUCAUACACUCUUUCACUAAAGAAAAUUCUUUAUUGAUUUCAAUCAAUUUAUAUAAACCUUUCAAUUUGCAAAGUUUAUUAUCAAUAAUUCCUUCUUCAAUUGAAAGCAUAACCUUGGUUGAACAACUGACCACUACUCCUUCAGCUUCUUUCUGUCCCUUAUUACUUGAUUUUUUCCAAGAAUAUACUAAAUAUCAAAGCUUGAAGAAUUUUAAUAAAAUUGUUGCUGCUAGAUUUGGUUUUAUAAGUAAAGAUAAAUUAGAUCAAUCAGUUUCUAAUUUAUUGGCUAAUACUAGAUCGGAAAAACCAAUUCAAAAUUUAUCAUUUGGUAAAUUAAAUAUUGAAUUAACCACUAAAUCAUCUCAAGCAAGAAUUAAUGAUUCGGAAAAUGCAGUUAAAAAUGCAGUCAAUUUAGAACAAGCUUAUUUAAAAUUAUUACAACAAGUCAAUAAAUCAAAUUUGAAUAUUUUGAAUGAAUAUAAUUCAGAAAAUUUCAUUUCCAAUAAUCCAGAAUUUGGUUAUGGUUCUUUCUUAUAUUCAAAAGAACAACAAGAUGUUUUGAUUAAUUUAAUUUAUAAAUCAAUUCAAGAAAAUGAUUUUAACUCCAUUAACAAUGGUAGAUUAAUUGAAUUAUUAUCAAAUUGGUUGAUAAGUGCUAAGGCUGGUUCUACCUUUGGUGAAUCUAGCGAGAUUAUUAACUUGUUAGAAUCAGAUUCAAACUCGGCCAUUGCUAAAGAAAUUUUGAAUUAUAAAAAAUUCUUUGAAAUUAAUUCAAAUUGGUUAAUUGGAUCUGAUUCUUGGUCUUUCGAUUUGGGUUCUUCAGGAGUUCAUAAUAUUGUUACCUCCGGUAAUAAUAUUAAUAUGUUGAUUAUUGAUUCUGAACCUUAUCAAGAAAAAACUCAAAGUCAUAAUUCUUCUUUCCGUAAAAAAGAUAUUGGGUUAUACGCAAUGAAUUAUGGUGGUUGUUAUGUUGCUUCAGUGGCUAUUUAUUCUUCUUAUACUCAAGUUUUACAAGCUUUUAUUGAAGCUGAAAAAUUCGAAGGCCCUUCAAUCGUUGUUGCUUAUUUACCAUAUCAAAGUGAAAAUGAUGAUACUUUAACCGUUUUGCAAGAAACUAAAAAGGCAGUUGAUUCGGGUCAUUGGCCAUUAUACAGAUAUGAUCCUUACUUAGAAAAUGAACAGGAUUCUUUUAAAUUAGAUUCUUCUAAUUUAAGAAAUCAAUUAAAAGACUUUUUGGAUCGUGAAAAUAAAUUGACUUUAUUAGCUUCCAAAAAUCCUUUAUUAUCAAGAAAUUUAACUUCAAAUGCUAAUACUGAAAUUAAAAAACAACAAAAUAAAAUUGCCGAUGAAUCUUUUGCUAAAUUAUUACAAGGUUUAUCUGGUCCUCCUUUAACUGUCGCUUUUGCUUCUGAUGGUGGUAAUGCUGAAUCAGUUGCUAAAAAAAUUAAUAGACAAGCUUUAGGUCGUGGUUUAAAAUCAGUUGUUUUAUCAAUGGAUGAUGUCUCAAUUGAGGAUUUACCUUUGGAAACGAAUAUCGUAUUUGUUACUUCAACUUCUGGUCAAGGUGAAUUUCCAACUAAUGGUAAACAAUUCUGGGAUGCUUUGAAAAAUUCUGUUGAUAUUGACUUGUCUACAAUUAAAUUUUCGGUUUUCGGUUUGGGUGAUUCUGAAUAUUGGCCAAGAAAGGAAGAUAAACAUUAUUAUAAUAAACCAGGUAAAGAUUUACAUGCUAAAUUAAAAUUCUACGGUGGUGUUGAAUUAAUCCCAUUAGGUUUAGGUGAUGAUCAAGAUGCUGAUGGUUAUAAUACCGGAUUGAAAGAAUGGGAAGGUAAUUUAUGGAAAGCUUUAGGCGUUGAUAACGUUGAAGGUGUUGAAGAACCAAAACCUUUGACUAAUGAAGAUAUGAAGAUUCAAUCUGAUUUCUUAAGAGGUACUAUUGUUGAAGGUUUAAAUGACCAAUCAACUGGUUCUAUUUCAGCCGUUGAUCAACAAUUGACUAAAUUUCACGGUAUUUAUAUGCAAGAUGAUCGUGAUGUUAGAGAAGAACGUAAAGCUCAAGGUUUAGAACCUGCCUAUGCUUUUAUGGUUCGUGUUAGAUUACCAGGUGGUAUUGCAACUCCUAAACAAUAUCUUAAAAUGGAUGAAUUAGCUGAUACUAGAGGUAAUGGUACUUUGAAAUUAACUACCAGAGCUACUUUCCAAUUACAUGGUGUUGUUAAACAUGAUUUAAAACCUGCUAUUAGAGGUAUGAAUUCUACUUUAAUGGAUACUUUGGCUGCAUGUGGUGAUGUUAAUAGAAAUGUUAUGGUUUCUGCUUUACCUCAUAAUGCUACUGUUCAUAAACAAGUUUCCGAUAUUGGUGCUCAUAUUUCUGAACAUUUAUUACCUCAAACUACUGCCUAUCAUGAAAUUUGGUUACAAGGUGAAGACGAAAGUGAUAAAGUUGGUGAUCGUGAUGCUUGGGAAACUAGAAAGAAAGGUCCCAAAAAGACUAAGACUUUGGUUGCUGGUAAUGCUCUAGCAGAUGUUGAGCCAAUGUAUGGUCCAACAUAUUUACCAAGAAAAUUCAAAGUUGUCAUUACUGUUCCACCUUUUAAUGAUGUUGAUGUGUAUGCUCAUGAUAUUGGUUUAAUUGCAAUUCUUGAAGAAAAUGAAGUUAUUGGAUUUAACUUAGUUGCCGGUGGUGGUAUGGGUUCUACUCAUAACAAUAAGAAGACUUAUCCAAGAACUGGUUCCAUGUUUGGUUAUGUUCCAAAAGAUAAGGUUCAUUUAGCCUGUGAAAAGAUUAUGUUGGUUCAAAGAGAUUUUGGUGAUAGAACUAAUAGAAAACAUGCUAGAUUGAAGUAUACCAUUGAUGAUUUAACUGUUGAAGUUUUCAAAGAAAAAACUGAAGAAUUAUUAGGAUUUAAGUUUGAAGAGCCAAAACCUUUUGAAAUUAAAUCUAAUGUUGAUUACUUUGGUUGGUGUAAAGAUGAAUUUGGAUUAAAUCAUUUUACAUUUUUCAUUGAAAAUGGUAGAAUUGAAGAUACUCCUGAAUUACCACAAAAAACGGGGUUAAAAUUAAUUGCUCAAUACUUAGAAGGUGGUAGAUCAGGAGAAUUUAGAUUAACUGGUAAUCAACAUUUAUUAAUCUCUAAUAUUGAAGAUGAAGACUUAGAACAUAUUAAAUCAAUCAUGUCUGAAUAUAAAUUAGAUAAUACUAAUUUUUCAGCUUUAAGAUUAUCAUCAGCUGCCUGUGUUGCUUUCCCAACUUGUGGUUUAGCCAUGGCUGAAUCUGAACGUUAUUUACCAAAAUUGAUUAGUAAAUUAGAAGAAGCAUUAGAAGAAUAUGGUUUAAGACAUGAUUCAAUUGUUAUGAGAAUGACUGGUUGUCCAAAUGGUUGUGCAAGACCAUGGGUUGCAGAAGUUGCUUUAGUAGGUAAAGCUUAUGGUGCUUAUAAUUUGAUGUUGGGUGGUGGUCAUCAUGGUGAAAGAUUGAAUAAAAUAUAUAGAUAUUCAAUUAAAGAAGAUGAAAUUUUAUCCAUUUUAAAACCAAUGUUCAAAAGAUGGAGUUUAGAAAGAAAUGAUGGUGAACCAUUUGGUGAUUUCUGUAUCAGAGCUGGUAUUAUUAAACCAACCACUGAAGGUAAAUACUUCCAUGAAGAUAUUCCUGAGGAAGCUUAAUUUAUUUCUGGUUAUAAAUUUGUUUUAUCG